AUGGCUUGGGGACGCUCUUCAAUUCCCAAACCCCCUCCUCCUCCCAAGUCAGCUUUGAGUAAACUUCUGCCUCUUUUGAUCCUAUUCAUCGUGCUCGGCGGCUUUGCUUUCGUCGGAUACCAUGUCUACCUUAUAGUAUGCGACGUGCAGAAGCACACGAACGAGAAGAUGGAAAAGAAGAACGUAGUGUUCACCAAAGACGGCAUGAAAGUUGGGGUCAAAGAGCUGCGCAAUGAGAACUACGUCGACAAGACGCAGAGUUUCAUGGUGAAGGCCUGGAAUCUGAGCACAUGGCCCGAGUAUAAGAGCAAGCUGUGGAACAAGGAUGCCCCGAUCAAUCAGGUUGAGUCAAGAAAGCCAUUCUCUCGUCAUGCUUCUGCUACCUCAACACAAUAA